AUGGCAUCUUCCAGUCGAAAUAAAAGGUCUGUCAAUAUUGUGGAUGAAAAUGCGGCCUCAGUUAUAAGCGACUGGCUAGAAAACUGGGAAGAAGAUGCAGACGAUGAAGAAAAAGAAGAGGAUUUCUCAUCUUACGUCCCAAACGAUGUGCUUUCUGACAAUGAAGAUGCAGAAUAUAUACCAUCGGAUCACAACACAGAUUCUGAAGAAAGUGCUACCUCUGAUGUGGCCUCCGAUGUUGACCACGAAACAGCUGUGAGCGAUAUUUCGCAUUAUUAUUACGGUAAAAACAGAUUCAAAUGGUCCAGUAAUCCACCAACUAGAAAUGUUCGUACACCUUCGCAUAAUAUACUUCGACUUCCAAGUAUUAGACGUAAUAAUAAUUCAGAAGUCCUGGACCCUGUAGACGCAUUUCGGCUGAUUUUUGAUGAUCGCAUGAUGGAAAUAAUAUUACAUUGGACUAAUAAAAAGUUAGAGGAUAUUCGAAACAAGAAUACUAACGCAGACAAGUACAUGAUAAGAGAUACUGACGUAAUAGAGUUGAAGGGCUUUAUCUCUAUUUUGAUAUAUACUUCAGUAUUCAAAUCUAACCGUGAAAGUAUUCUUUCACUUUAUGCUAAUGACGGAUCGGGAAGAAACAUUUUUAGAGCAACUAUUGCCAUGAGACGGUUUUUGGUUCUACUUGUUGCUUUGCGAUUUGAUAACUUUGCAGAUAGAGAGAAACGUAAACGAACUGAUCCAGCAUGCGCAAUCACUGAAAUGAUAAAUUUGUUUGUGGAAAAUUCUCAAAAGAAUUACAAUCCUGGCGCCAACAUGACUAUUGAUGAAAUGCUUAUAGCAUUUCGAGGUCGGUGUAAAUUUAAAAUGUACAUGCCAUCAAAACCCGCAAAAUAUGGCUUGAAAAUGCAGUGCUUAGUGGAUUCAAAGACAUUUUAUGUAUAUAACACCUAUCUUUAUACUGGCAAAGAUUCAGAUGGACAUACACUGAAUUCUGAAGAACGUAAGGCGUCAAUUCCUACUCAAGCUGUUAUCAGACUAUGUAAGCCAAUAUACGGAUCCAAUAGGAAUAUUACCACUGACAAUUGGUAUUCAUCGUUAGAACUUCUUGAAGCCCUCAAAAAUAGAGGUCUGACUACUGUCGGAACAUUGAAAAAGAAUAAGCGUGAAAUACCUUUGGCGUUUUUACCUCAAAAGGAUAAAGUGGUUGACUCUAGUCUCUUUGGAUUUACCAAAGACUGUACAUUAGUAAGCUACGUUCCUAAAAAAAACAAAGCUGUUAUUUUAUAUUCGUCCAUGCAUCAUGAUAACACUAUUGAUACUACUACUAAUAAGCCAGAAGUGAUCAUGGAAUACAACCGCACUAAAGGUGGCGUAGACGCCGUUGAUCAAAAAUGUUCUGUGUAUUCGUGCAGCCGCCGGACGGUUCGUUGGCCACUGGCAGUGAUGUUUCGAAUUUUAGAUAUGUGUGGAACUAACGCUUUUGUCAUAUAUCAGUCUCAAAAAGAAAGCGUUAAACUGACACGACUUAAGUUUUUGAAAAACGUAGCUAGAUCCCUAAAUGAAACUAAUUUGAAAACACGAAUGUACAACUCACGAUUACCGAGAAAUACUCGUUUUAUAAUAUCAGAGAUUAUUCAAGAAGAUCUUCCGAAUGAUGUAGAUGAAACAAAUGAAGAUAAAUUACCUCGAGAACAAAGGAAAUAUUGUUUCCUCUGCCCAAAAAAAAUUAAAAGAAAGACUGCUUAUAUUUGUAAUGCAUGUGGCAAACCAAUAUGUUUGUCUUGCUCAAAAAAAGUUUGCAGGCAAUGUGCUGUUCGUACAACUGACUGA